AUGGAAUUUAUUGAUUAUGAUACUUUUGGUGUGUCCGAUACCAUUUCUACCAGUGCUGGUGAUGGAGCGUUACCUGAACCAGUAGCUAUAUUAAAUUUAAAUGCAUUGUCAUUUGAAAAGCCAGAUGAGCAUAAUGAGAUUAAUCUAUCUGAAUUACUUGUUGAUCGUGGUACUACAGAUGGUGGAAAAAAUGUUAAUCUAAAUGCAAAGAUGUCAAAUUAUGCCAAAUUGUCAAUGGAAAGUUUACAUAUAUCUGGUACUUCUGACAACUUAUCUGUAAAUACUUUACCCAGUUAUAUUCCUGACGGUAAUAAGGAAUCAUUGGAUAUUUCAAAGUUAGUUUUUCAACAGAAAAAUCAAAGUUUGGAGGCUACAAAUAUGAUUCUGAAUAAAAAGUUAUCCAAAAUAUUGAAUGAUUAUUCCUUUAGUAAUUACCAAAGCACUUCAUAUUUAAGGAAGUCUUUAAACUCUUUGGAAGAAAAUAAAGUUGCAUUAUCUCUGGAUGAAAAUAAACUAACGAAUCCAGGUUAUAUUGGAACAUUGGCCAGAAAAACCUUAAAAAGCGAUGUGGAAACAGAACUUUUAAAAGAACAUUUAACUGUACUAGAAGAAUUUAGGCCAAUUGUUAGAAAGAUUAAAAAGUUAUCCUCAUCCAUAGAAAAUAUUCAAAACCUUGGGACUUCAAUGUUAAAAGAAUCGAAAGAAAAUGCCACUGGAACUGAAGAACCCAUGUUUGAUAGAAUUAAAUCAUUACGUAAAGAUAUUGAUAACUUAAAGCUUAAAAAGGAAUUAUUAUUAUCAAUCCGUGAUCAAUAUACCCUAACCCAAGUAGAGGAUGAUAAGAUUAGUAAUGGAUCUGUUGAUGAAGAAUUGUUUGAGAUAAUAAAUAAAGUUAUGCGAAUAAAGGAAAAGACUGUCUUCAUGCUUGGUCUAGAAAACCCAAAUGCUGGGAAAUCUUUGAUGCACGAAGUCAACAACAUACUACAACGAUUGAAUAGAAAGUUAUUCAACCAUUUGUUGGAUAUUUUAUAUAUAUUUGAAUCAGGCACAAAUAAUGUUAAUGAGAAGUUUUUAAGUCCAAAUGAAAAGGGUGUCCAAACAUUCCAAAGAAGUCUGAUAUAUUUAUCAAAUGACUUAGAAUACUUCAAUGAGUUUUUGAAAAGAGUAACUAGUUUGAGAUCUAAAACUGUGCUUGAUCAAUUUUUAUCUCAAUUUGAUUUUAAUUCAAAGGACGCUAAUCCGAUAAUGCUGUCUGCAUAUGAUCCACUACGUUAUAUUGGUGAUAUUUUGGCAAAUGUGUACUCUUUAAUUGCGAAUGAGGCUGAUUUUGUAAGAUCUCUAUUUAACUUCCAAGAAAUGCAGAUGGAAAAUACCCCGGUAUCAAUUAUACAAAAGAAGGAUGAGUUCUUGGAUGGAUUAGAUUCUAAAUUAUUAAAUGAAAUAAUACAAUCUUUAUCCAAUACUUGUAGAAUAAGAAUUGGCCAAAUAAUUAAGUUUGAAGAUAACCCAAUAACAAAUUUUGAGAUAGUAAAAUUAUUAGAAUUAUACAAGAUGAUGUUUGAAAGGAAAGGGAUUAAAAGCAAUAGUUCACUUAUUAACAAUUUAUCUGCUUUGGGUGUAGUAUCUCAGGAGAAAUUAAUUGAAUGUUAUUCUAAUUUUGUUAACGAAAUUGAAAAAACUACAUAUGUAGCUACUGAAGAUUUUUUACCACCAGAAUGGUUAUCUGAUUAUUUGGUGAAAAUCACUGAUCUAUUUGAAGCAUAUGAGCAACAUGGAGGUAGAGAAUCAGAUACCAAUGAAAUUAUUAUUACUGAUACAUUUUUAGAAAAAGUUAUCAAGGAGCCGAUCGAGAAUACUUUGCUGAAACAAUUAAAAGAGGGCUUCCCGUUAGCAAAGAAAGAAGAGCAAGCAAGGACAUCCUUAUACACAGUCCAAAUAAAUUGUUUCGAUCUAAUAAAAUCUAGAAUCCAGCCGUUUGCUUCAGUAAUAUUUUCAAAAGAUGGUGAGAAGAAUGAUGUAUUGAAAUGGAUAUCCGAUAAAUCUGAAGAAGUUAUCAACCAAAUGUUAGAGUUACAGAAGAAGAUACUAUUUGAUAAAACUGGUUUGGGAAUGUAUAAUAAUCUUUUGAAUAUGAUUUUCCCCAUUUCAUCGGUAAAGGAUGACUUAGAUCUAGACAUGUAUUAUUCAUUAUCUGAAAAUUCUUUAAUGAAUUUGGAUAGUAUUAAUACCAAUGUACAUGAGAAAUUGAAUGAUUAUGUCCCUAUUGCUCUUACAGAUAUGCAGGGAAACUUACUGUUCAAACUGACAUCUCCAGUAAUCGCAGAUAAGAUUUGUGAUUCUUGUUUCUCGACUCUUUCUGAAUUUUACAUUACAUUUAGGAAAACUUUAAUGCAUAUAUAUCCAGAAGAAGAGAUUAAAAUUAAAGAAAUUUUGAAUUUCUCUGAAGAGGAGUUUAAGACGUUAGUUGGUAUUGAAUAA